GAGGCGGAUCCUCCUACCUGGGGCGCGCUCGCUCCCUCGCAGCUCGCUUGCCGGGGCCGCGAGUCACCUGGGGAGGCCGACAAGUGCGGACACAUUGGCCGCCGCGGCGCUCGGCGAAGCGCGCACGGCCCCAGUCGGCUGCGCCCAGUACAGGCAGCGCCUGCCCAGCCACCGCGCUCGGGCCCGGUCCCUGUCCGAGCUCGUGGGGCCCCGCGACCGCUCAGCGGUGCUCCGAGGUUGCGGCCCCCAGCCUAGGUCACUCCCCCGGGCGCAAGCGGCGGCGGCAGCGGCGGCGGUGGCGACCCGGGCUCACCAUGGUGGCAGCGCGCGCCGAGUGCCCGCGCGUCGCCAGUCGCCCUAGCCGCAGCGCCGGCUGAAAGCGGUCCGCCGAGGCCCCCCGCCCCUGCCCGUUCCCCGCCCCGCCUGCGCGUCCCCACCGGCCGCCGCUGUCUAUGGCGCAGCCCCCCUCCCUGGAUCAUGCACAGAAACUUUCGCAAGUGGAUUUUUUACGUGUUUCUCUGCUUUGGCGUCCUCUACGUGAAGCUCGGAGCGCUGUCAUCAGUCGUGGCCCUGGGAGCCAACAUCAUCUGCAACAAGAUCCCCGGUCUGGCCCCGCGGCAGCGCGCCAUCUGCCAGAGCCGGCCCGACGCCAUCAUCGUGAUCGGCGAGGGUGCGCAGAUGGGCGUCAAUGAGUGCCAGUACCAGUUCCGCUUCGGGCGCUGGAACUGCUCCGCCCUCGGCGAGAAGACGGUCUUCGGGCAAGAGCUCCGAGUAGGGAGCCGUGAGGCCGCCUUCACCUACGCCAUCACUGCAGCUGGCGUGGCCCACGCGGUCACUGCCGCCUGCAGCCAGGGCAACCUGAGCAACUGCGGCUGUGACCGCGAGAAGCAGGGCUACUACAACCAGGCCGAGGGCUGGAAGUGGGGCGGCUGCUCGGCCGACGUGCGCUACGGCAUCGACUUCUCCCGGCGCUUCGUGGACGCGCGUGAGAUCAAGAAGAACGCGCGUCGCCUCAUGAACCUGCACAACAACGAGGCAGGCAGGAAGGUCCUGGAGGAGCGCAUGAAGCUGGAGUGCAAGUGUCACGGGGUGUCGGGCUCCUGCACCACCAAGACCUGCUGGACCACGCUGCCCAAGUUCCGCGAGGUGGGCCACCUGCUCAAGGAGAAGUACAACUCGGCCGUGCAGGUGGAGGUGGUGCGGGCCAGCCGCCUGCGGCAGCCCACCUUCCUGCGCAUCAAGCAGCUGCGCAGCUACCAGAAGCCCAUGGAGACGGACCUGGUGUACAUCGAGAAGUCGCCCAACUACUGUGAGGAGGACGCGGCCACGGGCAGCGUGGGCACCCAGGGCCGCCUGUGCAACCGCACCUCGCCUGGCGCGGACGGCUGCGACACCAUGUGUUGCGGCCGCGGCUACAACACGCACCAGUACACCAAGGUCUGGCAGUGCAACUGCAAGUUCCACUGGUGCUGCUUUGUCAAGUGCAACACCUGCAGCGAGCGCACCGAGGUCUUCACCUGCAAGUGAAGUGGGCGGCCGAGCAGGCUGCCCCCGCCGCGUUUGCACAUGGGCUCCCCACCUUCCCCGCUCUGCGCGGCGGCUGGGGCAGAGGGGGCUGCGGAAGGUGGAGCUCCCGCUGGGCUGUCGCCCUCUGCCUGUUGUCAGCAGCUCCUUCCUGCCAUUCCCGUCACUUCCUGCGGCAGAACAGGGCCCAGGACCCAGCUGCCGCGUCCUGGACGGGGCCGAGUGAAUUGCCUUUUUUUUCUUCGGGACAAUGACACGUAUCCCCAGAAAGCAAAGCAACGAGGAGACUCUGAGAGUGUGUCCCUCCCUGCCAGCCCCCUCCCCCACCCCCCAGCCCGGAGACUGUUUCCCAGCCGCUGGGCCCUGGGGCGGUCUGGGCAGAUGCUGAGAAAGAUUAUUUAUGUUUCCAUAGUAUCAGAAGAGGGCUCUCAGCGUUAAGGCUUGGCUGGUCCUAACUCUGCGCUUUCUGUCAGCACCCCCUCUGCCUGCCGCCUCCUCUCCGGACCCAAGGGGACAUCCCUGUGCUUGGCACCCUCCUGGCCCGGCCCCGGGUCCCCGGGAGAGCUGGGGCGGGGGGUAGCUUUGUGACCAACAUGGCCCUGAGAGGGCCCCCGAGGACAGCUCUGGACAGGGACCUCCGGUUCCCUUUCUCUUUUAGAAAACCUUGUCAAACAGAUCAAAGCGUUGUCUGUGUUAGGCCCUGGGAGGGCGGUGUCCCCUCCCGAAUGAUGUGCCCUCCCAGCCCCUCGCCAGCCUGCCUGGCACCUCACAGUUUACAGAGCCCCCGCCCCCUGCAACCAGCCAGACCCCAGGACAGAGCUGAACUGGGAGUAGCUCAGGGUGUUUGCCCCAUCUGACAGAUGGGCACACUGAGGCCCAGAGCAGAGCGCUAGCCAGAGUCCCCCACAGGAGCCUCUACUCCUUGAGAACCCAACUGUGCCUCUUCCCCGUGCCAGCCUCCCUGGGGUCUGCACAACCCCCCUCCAAGAGGUGCCUUGGAGGGUUGUUGGUGGACUCCUUGCCUGUCCUGGCCCUUUCACCUUUCACCCUUCACCCUGACCCCAGUGCGGAGGACACUUGGAUCCAGAUGUCACCGGGCAAGGCCCUCUGGACACCACCCGCAGCGUGCCCACACCGUGCAGACCCGCCCUUGAAAUCCAGCUCACCCCCAAAUCUGGAAGACAGGAGCGAGAAGGGGGCCAGCCCAGCUCUAAACCACCUGUGGGACGGGAGAGGCUGGCGCCCGCUCUGUGCACCCUCCCACCUUUUCCUGGGGGGACAGAGGCCCAGAGGCGUGACUUGCCAGGAAGCCUGGUGUGUGCUGACUUCUGGUGCACCCUCUACUGCCCACAUACUCCCACCCCCAGUUUAGGGUAUUUUCUCACAGAAACCCAAGGAAAUGUGCCCCCAGGUGCUGACCAGCCGAGUGGGCUGGACGCUGGCCUGGGGCGAGUAACACUGUCUGGGCCCUGGCUCCCCGCCGCGCACCCCCAGCGACGCCAGGACACUCCAGAGCUGCUGUCCUGGGACCUUCGCGGCCAACGUGAAUGCCCCCUCCUCCCCCGGGUCCCAGGACACCCCAAGUCCACAGGCCCAAUGCCCUCUGCCAAGGGACCUGGUUAACUUAUAUUGUUAUAUAGUGUCAAAAUGUCUAUAAUGUCCUUUAAAUUAUUGUGACCUACACUGGGUACUGGGGUGGGUGGCCGAGUGCCAUCCCCUGAGACAAGCUCCUCCUGCUGGAAACAGACUCUCGGGGCCCCCGACACCACCGAAUCCGGGGCACUGUCCUUCAGCGUCCAGUGCCCCUGCCGAGACCCCGCCCCCCUCACGCCCAUCAACAGCGGCCCGCCCCUUGGGAGUGGGCGCCGGGCGGCCGCAGUGCCCACUGGAGGAGAGCCUGCGGGUUUUUGACGGGCAGUGUCCCCCCUGGAGGGAGCAGUGGCCCCAAUAAAGCUGGAA